AUGAAGCCUCAGAAAAGACAACCGACGCGGGCAGAACAGCUCUUGUUCGCAAUGUCUGGACGUGGUAAAGGAGGGAAAGGCCUGGGCAAAGGUGGCGCCAAGCGCCAUCGCAAAGUCCUUCGCGAUAACAUCCAAGGCAUCACUAAGCCUGCGAUUCGUCGCCUGGCUCGGCGUGGAGGAGUUAAGCGCAUAUCUGGUCUCAUUUACGAGGAAACUAGGGGAGUACUUAAGGUGUUUCUGGAGAACGUGAUUCGCGACGCCGUGACUUAUACCGAGCACGCCAAGCGCAAGACUGUUACCGCCAUGGAUGUAGUCUACGCGCUUAAACGCCAGGGCCGCACUCUUUACGGUUUUGGCGGCUAA